UCAGUUGCCUUUUAAAAUUUGUGAGAUGAGGAUGAUGAGGUCGAUUAUAUUUUUAACUCUCACGAUAACUAUCAAUGUUAUUAUUUGCGAUAAGGAGCCAAUAGAAUGUGAGAUUUUUGUAGACCGUGGGAGAGGUUUAACUGCAUGUCAAUUUGCUAAAGUUAAUUCAACUGGUAAAGACACGACAGCAAUCAACGCAAAGCCAACAAAUUUCCAAGGACGUUUGAUUGAAAGCAAUCAAGUGACAGCAGUUGCGAUUGCAUAUUCUGAGUUUGAUCGCAUUCCAAAUUCAAUCUUCACGACAUUUGAAGGCAUCUUAAGAAUAAAAAUUUACGGCGGAAGUUUAAAGGUCAUCGGCAAUGGCGACUUUAAUCUUGCAUCAAAUAUGAUUUCAUUUGAAGUGUACAAUACAACAAUUGAUGAGAUCACAAGUAAAGCUUUCGAAGGAGCUUCAAACUUGACGGAAAUUACUGUCGAGAAAUGUGAGAUUGGAGUUAUUGCAAGCGAUGCUUUCGAUGGCUUGGAUAAACUUAAGAAAAUCCGAUUUGUCGGAAGCAAAUAUCCGAACGAUGACUUCUUGAAGAAUCUAUCAAGUUCUGUUACAGCGAUUGUUGUGCCUUGAGUCACUCAAAUAUUUAAUAACAAUAAAUCUUUUAUUAUCAUACAAAUCAAA